AUGUAUUUGAAGCACGUGCUGGCUGCGGCAGCAUUGAUCGACGAUCGACGCUCGACGCUCGCCGCCUGUCGCCAGGAAGUGGAAACAGAUCAGUUUUACAAUUUCUUUUUACCAGAACUUAAACAAGAUGGUUAUGACGGUAUUUUCUCACCAAAAUCUCGGGCAAAGACCAUGGGUGAAUCUGAGAGGAAAUACGUCGAUGGUUGCGCCAUCUUCUUCAGAUCUGCCAAGUACGGUCUCCUUCUAUUUAUCCUGGUGCUUGAAAUGUUUGCGUUGGUUAAAGAGCACCUUAUAGAGUUCAAUCAAUUGGCAAUGGCCAACAGUGAAGGAUCGGACAACAUGUUGAAUCGUGUAAUGCCGAAAGAUAACAUUGGGUUAGCCGCCUUAAUAAAAACCAAGGAGGCGGCCUGGGAGAACGGUAAGGAUGGUUCUAGUAUACCGACGGAUUCGGCGAUAUUAGGGCAGCCGAUACUGGUGUGCACGGCACACAUACAUUGGGAUCCGGAGUUCUGUGACGUGAAGCUGAUUCAGACGAUGAUGUUGAGCAACGAGCUGAGGUCCAUAUUGGACGACUCGGCGCGGACGCUUCGACUUGCCGGCCAACGCGACAACGUACAAUUGCUGCUGUGCGGAGAUUUCAAUUCCUUACCGGACAGUGGUGUCGUAGAGUUCCUAUCGUCAGGCCGUGUAUCAUCUGAACACAGGGACUUCAAAGAGCUGGGUUACGCUGGGUCUUUACGACGCAUGCCUGGCUCAGAACACGAGUUCACGCACAAUUUCAAGCUCGCCUCUGCUUACAGCGAGGAUAUCAUGCCUUACACCAACUACACCAAGCAGUCGAUGACGCCGCUCGGGCUUCUGGGGCCGCUGUCGCAGGACUGGUUCCGGGAGCACAAGGUGGUAGGCUGCCCCCAUCCGCACAUACCUUCAGGUCAGUACAUAUUGUACACCGAGCAGUCGAUGACACUGCUGGGGCUGCAGUCCAAGACUGGUUCCGGGAGCACAAGGUGGUGGGCUGUCCCCAUCCGCACAUACCUUCAUGUCAGUGCAUAUUGUACACCGAGCAGUCGAUGGCACUGCUGGGGCUACUGUCCAGGACAGCUUCCGGGAGCACAAGGUGGUGGGCUGCCCCCAUCUGCACAUACCUUCAGGUCAGUACAUAUUGUACAGCGAGCAGUCGAUGGCACUGCUGGGGCUACUGUCCAGGACAGCUUCCGGGAGCACAAGGUGGUGGGCUGCCCCCAUCUGCACAAACCUUCAGGUCAGUACAUAUUGUACAGCGAGCAGUCGAUGGCACUGCUGGGGCUGCUGUCCAGGACAGCUUCCGAGAGCACAAGGUGGUGGGCUGUCCCCAUCUGCACAUACCUUCAGUCAUAUUAA